CAGUCGCUUUAUUCCUAGAAGCAGUCACCGUUAACAGAAUGCGCAAUUCACGCCCCACGCACUCCACGUGCAGACUCGCUAACUGCAAGCUUAAAGUUGAAGCUUUAAGUGUCCAUUUUGCUUUUUCAUGUGAACUGUUCCUUUGACCGUGGUCAAGCUAGCCUCCACUCGUAAAAGCUUCCGGCUCACACUCAAGUGUUCAGAUAUCGCAAUACUUCAAGAUUCAAGAGGUGAAAGCUGUUUGAAAAGUCGAGAGGUUAUUGGAAGCGCCAACUUUUAACUGGCCAAAAGCCGUCUAAGUGUCCGACAUUAAAAAAAUAAUAAUAAUUUGCAUGACUUCUUCGCACAAAGUCCAGCAAUUAGACGGUGACCAAAGUGCGUUUAUUGUCUGGUAUUGGAGGAAAGCAACAAGCUGUUGAGUGGAGACGUGCCAACGUUUACGCUACUGCUGGACAGGAUAUUUUCAGGUGUACAGCCCAUUUUGCAGUUCUUGAGGAGCCAGCUUUGCCCAAAAUGGCCAACUCCGACAUACAAAAGUAUCAACACUAUAAAAGCAGCGCGUUCAAUUCAGAGCCUCCCGUUGGGCCAAAAGAGCUGAUCACCAGAUAUCGAAGCGGUAAGACCCAUGCUGUGUCCUUGCUGCAUCAACUGGCCCAGACUUUUCAGUUCCAGCUGGAAAUCAAGGAGACAGUGACCACCGCCAACGUAACUGGGUUAUUGUUCGCCUUUUGCGUGCUUGUCGACGGCGUCAAGUACAAGACCGGCAUGGGGACGACAAAGAAGGCGGCCCGGCUCAAAGCAGCCGAGCUGGCUCUACAGGACCUGCUGCCCAAGUUGGAGAAAGACAAGGCUGACCUUCCCAAAAUGUCAGCUUUCCCCCCAUUUCAACCGGUCAAAGACGAGCCCUCCCAGUCAGAGAUUCAAGCCGUCAGGCUUUUUCGUGAGAAGAAGAGUCCCGCUAACCUCCAGAUACCAAACUCUGUCAGGGAUCAGCUCACCAAUUUGAUUAACAGCCACCCGCAGUUCUCCGCCUGUGCCACCUCCGUCGCGGCAUUCGUCAUUCAGACUCCCACUAGUUGUGACGUGGUAGCCAUCGGCACCGGCAACUACAGCACCAAUGACGGCACGUCAACAAAUGGACGCGUUGUGCACGACUCUCAUGCGGUGGUCACUGCCAGGAGGUCUCUCAUGAGAUUCCUCUACCAGCACCUGCUGAUGUUCUUCAGCAAAACGACGCACCUGGUAGAGAAGUCCAUCUUACAGCACAGUGGCAACGACCUCCUCAGCCUGAAGAGUGGCACCACGCUGCACCUCUACGUCAACCAAGUGCCCCAGGGCGCCGCUCAGAUGACCACCACACUGUCCCUGAACCCGCUUUCCAUAACGGCAUGGCAGAUGAACAAUGAGAUGAGCCUGCACCUGUCAGUGGAGGGAAAGGAGUUCUCGCUUUUCUCCACCGCCCUCGAGCUCCCGAGCACCAAGAUGGUCACUGUGUCGCCGAUGGACAAAAUCACUCAGUGGCAGGUGCUGGGCUACCAGGGAGCCUUGCUAAGCCACUUCAUAGAACCCGUCUAUGUUCAGACAAUCCUCGUGGGUGACUCGGGUGGCGGGGACAUCCGCGGCGUGGAGAUGACGGUGAACCGCCGCACGGAGGGCAUCACCACGCAGCUGCCCAUGUUCUACUGCAUGAUGAGGCCUCAAAUCAGCACAGUGCCCUCUGUGGCCGCCAGUAGUCCCGCCAACGGCCCGGUGACAUACGGUUUCAACUGGAGCGAAGGCGACCGUUCCAUCGAGGUGGUGGACGGUCUGAAUGGCAAGACCAUCGACGAGUCUCCCUUCAAGAGUGGAUCUGCUCUGGCGAGCCGCCUGUGCAAGGCAGCGAUGCUGCACCGCUUCAAGUUGGUGGCAAAAGAGGCCCAGAGGCAGGACCUGCUAGCCGCAAGUUCAUACAGAGAAGCCAAGAGUGCGGCGAAGCCGUACCAGGCGGCCAAAAAUGUGCUGAGAGUGUACCUGAUGCAGCAAGGCUUUGGUUCUUGGCCAGACAAGCACAAGGUCAACGAUGACUUCACCAUGUAGAUUUUCAAACAAAUGGUUCGAAUAAGAACUCUGCCAUGUUUGUUUCUCAUUGUUGAGGUCGUCAAAACCUAUGGUUAAAUAUCUUGUAUUUAGGACAACGUUUAUAAUACAUCUGCACCAAAUGUUUACAAUUUGUCAGAUUGCAGAUUGCAAAGUUGCUUCUUUUAGUUGUAAGCACAGCACAUGUGCUUCUUAAAUUGUUAAAUGUUUCUGCUGUAGGAAACAAAGUCACUCUUUCUGAGGUGUGUAUCGGAAACGACCUGUCCCUUUUCAUUUUUGUUAACUUUCGAAUUAUAUUUGCAUAUCAGCAAGCGUAGUGUCUGAGCAGUGGGUAAAUGUUAUAACGCUUGUAAAACAGCAUCCAAGCUGUACCGUUUGAGUAAGAGUUUGAGGUUACAUGUAUCAUUGCAUUCCAACAUAAAAAUAUAUAUGCCGGAAAUUGUGGGGAACAGUGUUAAUUUUGUUGAUGAAAAUGUUUCAUCAUAGUCAAGGACUUUUUUAAAAAAAAAAAAAAAAAUUCUGACGAGACGAUGACUACAUAAAAAAAUUAUUUCCAUAGACCAAGACGAUGAUGAGGUGUAUUGACAUUUUUUGUCAAUGAAUAAAAAGGAGACGUAAAUGCUUGCCAGAGACUAGAUCCAAUCAGAACAAAUUUUAUUUUAAGAGGCGGGAGAAGUUAACGAGAACAAAUCCGAAUGGUAUCUUAAUGAAGUAAAGUAAGCCAGUGUGUUCCUUUACACAUUCGUAGAGUUUUCAGUUCAACUUGGUCAGUUGUUCCAAACAUUUUAUACCAUAAAAAUAUUUGGACCAGACUUGGCACCAGAUAAACGAGAAAGAUAACUGUUUAUUAUGUGCGCGAGCUAGCAAGCUAACAAGGCGGCAAGCUCGCUGGUACGGCGUCGUCGACAGCGAUGCAUCAGGGUAAGUUAACUGUUUAAUGGACACAGUGCCAGUCAGCUUGUGGCUGUGGCUGCCUGCCGUAAAAGAGCCACUGGCAGUCAGGAAUGUACGUGAUUGACAGCUGAAGGGGCUCAUUCAGCCAACACGCCCACACUGUCCUGCACCUGGAGGGCGGGCUCUAUUUUUCAUGAUUUAGGAAGCAGAUUUUUAUUUAUUUUUUUAUUCAUUCUAAUUACGCAGACUUGUUUACAAAAGUUUUCCAUGUGGUGCUUCAAAUUUCCAAGGCAUUUUUCGGGUGGGUUUACUAGGCCUUUAAAUGUGAAGCAAGCCUUAAAAAGUCUUCAGUAUGGCUUCCUUCAAAGCAGAACAGAACCCUCUCUUAGUGCGCGGCCACUUAAUCUCAGUCUGUGAUUUGUUUUGUUUGUGUUAUUGCGCAAGCACGCAGGAAACACACUUAGGUUUCCUGUGUGUUUGUUAGUAUGAGACAUUAUUAACUUUGCUCAGUCUCAUCAAACGGAAAGUUUUCUUAUUUCAUGACUUACAAGAGGAAUAUGGAAUUGUGUGCGAGGAUCAAGGCGUUUUGAUUGUAUGUAC